AUGUCUUCACUUGUUAAUGAGUUGCUUCUAAAAUACUCUAUUGGGAUGUGUGUUGUAUGUAAAAUACAUUAUACAAAGUUGCUCAUCUCAAAUAUCUUCAUCUUCCGCAGUCUUUUGGGGCUAACACAUAUGUGCCAUUUCCCCAUGUACUGUCAGACUCUUCCUGCUUAUCAUGUUCGACACAUUUUGAAACAGUGUUCAGUUGGAAAACUGCAGGAUUUUCUGUGCCAAGUCCCUGUUUUCUCUUCCCCAGAUGAGAGGAAGGCAGUGCAGAGGAGAACCUUCACCAGGUGGAUGAAUGCGUUUCUGCAGAGACGUGAUCCUCCAGUUGAAGUGCACGACCUGUUCACAGACAUUCAGGACGGCAGAAUACUGAUGACUCUGCUGGAGGAGCUGUCUGGGUGCAAACUACUGUACAGGUUUAGGUCAUCUUCUCACCGCAUUUUCAGACUGAACAACAUUUCCAAGGCCCUGGCUUUCCUGGAUGAUAGACAUGUGAAGCUGCUUGGCAUCGAUGCCUCUGGAAUUGCUGAUGGCAUCCCUUCUGUUGUUCUUAACCUUGUCUGGAACAUCAUCCUGUAUUUCCAGGUUAAGGAGGUGAUGGGAGGCCUCCAGAGGCAUUUGUCUUCUAGCCUCUCUUCCUUAUCAAUGAGCAGUUACCCCUCCUCCAGUGACCUCGCACCCCAGCGAAAUGACAUUGGCAGCUACUCCUGCAAGACCCUGCCAAGCAAAGGCAGAAAGCGUGCCAGGGAGCCAAAGUACCAUGGGAAAGCAAUCAAGACUCUCCUGCAAUGGGUCCAAAGAUCAACAUCAAAGUUUGGGGUGGAGGUGCAUGACUUUGGGAAGAGCUGGAGGAGUGGGCUGGCAUUCCUAGCUAUGAUUAAGUCCAUAAACCCAGCCUUGGUUGACCUGAGGGAGAGCCUGUCUAGAGAGCCAAGAGAAAAUAUUCAGCUGGCCUUCAUGAUAGCCCAUCACAGUUUGGAUAUACCACCUCUGCUGGAGCCUGAAGAUGUGUCAUGCACUUCACCAGAUGAGCAGUCCAUCAUCACGUAUGUCUCCAUGUUCCUGGGGCAUUGUUCAGGCAUAGAUGAGGAUCGUACAACAGAUAUUGAAGUUCCUGAGAGCCCAAAUUUUGGACCACUUGAGUCAGUCAGCUUUGGAGAGACCCUCACUGACGACCCAGAAACGCAAGCUUUGCUCAAAGGCUUUGAGAAGAGCAGCGAGCAGCUACUGUGGAACCGGUGGGCCAGAAGAUCCUCAGGGAGCCACUGUCCCACCUCGCUUCACACAAAUGAAGCAGUUACCCCUGACCUCUCCUCCAGCGCCGGUGACAUCUUUUCAUCCUGUCGUAGCCAAUGCAUCACUGAACAAUCUGCGGGCAGUGCUGCUGCCUCACCAUUCAGCAAAAAGAAAAGCAGGUGUCGAAGUGUUUUACAGCCAGUCAGUCCGCUGGAUGCAGGUGUAGUCAGCCAGGAGAUCCGAUCAUGGAUGGAGAAAGUGUCUGCGGAUCAGGGCUGCAGCAAGCCAAGAGUGGAUGAAAGUCACUUUUCAUUGAGCCCAGAGGAAGGAAUCUACAGCUUGUCAGCACUGGACUCAGAUGAGGAGGAGGCCUACAGCUACAUCCUGGAUCUGAAUAAAGAGGUUUUUCAACCACAUAAUCAGCUGAAAAGACAAGUACCAAGGGUUGAAGAGGAAACAGCGGAAGAAAUGUUCCUCAAUGGACAGCUGCCUGAAGAGUCAAAACAUCUGGAAGUAUGUGAGAUGUUAAACGGCAGUGGAUGUAAACAUCAAGAGGGCUCACUUGGACAAACUGUUGAACUAGAAGUCAGGGCUCAGUCAGUGGUUCAUAGGAAGUUUGAUUGGGACAAAAAUGAAAGUAGUUCCAGAGAGAUGGCAAACAAUAGAGCUGUGUUUGACGUGGAGCCAGAGGAAGAAAGUAGAAGCAGAGAGGAAGGUGAAGAGGAGAGAGUUGUUAGAGGACAGGGUAAUAAUGAUGGUGAUUAUUGUGAGGAAAAGAAGAAGAAGACAGAAAAUGCUAGAUUGAUGAUGCAUGUAUAUGAUAAAACAGAGGCUCUGGUAGAUGAAACUAAGAAAACAAAGCUUUUUGAAGUGGCUGGUUGGAAGAAAGAGGUUGAGGAAGAGACUGAAAGAGGCCUUUUUGAAAAAUGUGGACAAGUGAGUGAGAAGAGAGUGGUAGACAAAGAAGAAGAGGAACUAAAUGUGACAACAUUUGAGGAAGCGCUGGGAGGAAAGUUAGGGGGGAAAAAAGAGGAUAAUGUAAAGGAGGAAGAGAGGAAAAAUCAUGAAAGUGUUGUGUAUUUAGCAAGUUUCAAGGUAGGAGUAAAUGAAAAAAUAUAUGAAGUCAGAGGAGCCGGUGUAACUAGAAUUAACACAGAAAAUGAAAAUGACAGGAAAGACAAUGCCCCCAAAAUUGAAGAUUUAACUUGUAAAGAUGAAGACGAGGAAGAAUACAGUGAUGAAGUCAUGAAUUCAAUGGAUUUUGAGGCAGUUAUAACAGCAGAGGACAAAGACGGGGAACUAAAGCUUAAGAGACGUAAACUGACUGACAAGAAGGCAACAACAAAAGGACAUCCUGGUAAAACGACCCCAAAAAAUGGCACUAACAGAGGUGUUAAUGUCCACGGUGGUGACAAUAGUUGGACUCCUGUCUGCAGUGCAACUUCUCAGUCAUUCAGAGAGGGAGGAUUCAUUCUUCAAUCUUUAGUAGCCUCUUGUGACAUAACCCCAUUAGAGUUGGAAAUGCUCUUGGUCCUGUGGAUCCUGCUCUACUGCUGCUUUAUCUUACCUCAAAUGUACCUCUGAGUCCCCCUGCAGUACACUCUUCUUAUUAAGAUAUGCUUAUUAGCCCAAUUUCCACUAAUGAGCCAAACAGGGACACUUAGGGCUGGGUUGACUCUUUAUCUGUGUCACUAAAUUUCCCUCAAGGCAACAUUUAAUGAUUAUGUUUGUUUUCUGCUGCCAGCAGAAAUAAUUUGUCACUUGGGUUAUAGUUUCAGAUAAACACAUAAUGCUGUUAUCCCCAUUAUUGCACAUUUUUUCAGCUACUUGGUCUUACAAUACACAAAUGAUUAGGCAGAUCUGGCAGAAAUACUCCUUUCAAUUUCAGUUGAUGGUAUCAACCACACGGUGGCAUCGCGGCAUCACAGCAGCAACUAUCUCACAUGAUAGAUCGUCUUUACAGCAUUCUGUUGACUGCUGAGAAUCCCAUAUGACCUGCUGUUUAAUUAGAAGCUGUAUUGACAUGGUGAGAUUAAGCUGAUAAUAUUUAAUGAGCACUUUGACAUUUCGCAGACUCUCACUGUGUCACUUGUGGCUCAGAAUGUAUACUGUUUCAUUGUUUUCAUCGCAGAUACUGUAUGAUAGUUAAAGCUUAUCAACAGUGCAGGGUUUUUUCAUGCCAUUUUUGUGACUAUGAGAUAUAAAUAAUAAACCAGAUGCUUGUUCUGUGUCAUAUAUCUUCUGGGCCUUUCCACAAGAUAGAAGCGGCCAUGUAAAUACUGUAUUUAUAGGUGCUGUAGCACAUGUAAAGGUCUUUGUUGGAAUGCUAGUCUGUACUUGAGCAAAACAUAAGUAUGCAUCAGUUGCAUAAGUGUUCAAAAUCCAUGUUGACCAGAAUGUGUAUUAAAGGGGGGAAUGAGUAUGCCUUGUCCUCAUUGUCCACCAAAUGCACACAUUCAUUGCUGCUGAAAUUCUAAGAAACUAAAAAAGCAUGGCGCCAUUGUUUGUUUGGAGCUCAACCCAUGGGUCAAAAGCUUAGCCCCAGAGAUCGAUAUACUUUCAACACCACCGCCACCCCCGCACCGAGAACAACACUUCCCCAAAGCUGGAGUUUGGCCGGUCAUAUGUGAGAUCAACCUGCAACGUCUCUGAAUCAGGCCAAGCCAGGAUGGUCGUCAACCAUUUGAGCGGCGCCACACAGUGCCACGGAGCUUCCAGCUGAAUGCUACGACCGGCGUUGAGGUUGCCAUGAUCUUCAGGGACGACUCUUCUGAGGUGAUAAUGCUACAUGGCACCAACUGCUCAGCCACAGUGGUGCGGCUGGCCCAGUCAGAACGCCUGGCCUCACUGCUCCUGCUUCCUAAAACUGAGCUGCAGCCCCUGGAGGACUGCUUCUCUGACAGCCGCAUGAGCUUUUGGCUCAGCAGCCUGAAGCCGGGGCUCCUCAUGAGGUUAUGCUGGAGGUGGAAGAGACCAAGUCAGAAGAUGGGGGGACUUCACACUUCGUGCUGGACUUCUCUGUCCCCCAGAGAAUUACCUUUAACAGAUCAUUCAUGCUCAUAAUCGAUGAUGAUCUCACGGGACUCGCCCUGCUCAUAGGGAGAAUUAUUGAUCCUACAGAUGUCUAGACCUGAGUGAAUCUCUUUUUUGUCCUUUUUUUCUUUUGCUUUUGGUGUAAUAUGGAAUUCACUUGCAUUACACAACAGCUUUGGUUUGUAUUUUUCCCAAUAGUAUGGCUUAUCAUUUUUUUGGGGGGGGAAAUUUCGGAGUGUGUUUUGUUUUACCUCCAAUUUAAAAAACAUUACAUGAUGAUUUAUAGUUUAUUUCUCCUUUUUCACAAAAUGAUGAAAAGACAUUGAAAUGGUGAUAAUUUAUCCCCGUGACUGACUCUCUGCUAUUCUUGCAAAAACAUAAAACACUUUUCUUCCAUUUCAAAA